UAUAUUUUUCAGCGAAAAUAUUUUUAAAAUUUUCUCCGUAUAAUUGGUAUUAUUAUAUUGGUAUUAUUAUAUUGGUAUUAUUAGCUUGAAUAGCUCACUUAAAAUUUUUCUACCAGUAAUUAAGCAAACUUGUUGAAAAGUAUUUGUAAUUAGUGCCAUGACGAACAGAUAAUAUAGAGCUAUUUACGUACAUGCAAACGAAGUAUAAUCUAUCGGUUGUUGAAAAGGAUGAGUACGGAUUUUCAUUGUUAAAAAUUGUGAAACAGAUAUUUCGGGACUUCUUAUUUUAUGGAAGGCAAGUUCAGAAGAUACGGCAGAUCUGGGAUCAUUUGAUAAAGCUGGUGUCCGAUAGAUAAUGGCUUACUUUUGAAACGAAUAAAACAACUUAAUCAAAACGUAACAUAUCUAAGGUAAAGAUCGACAAAAUUGGAUUAACUAAAUGAUAUUGAAUAUGAGUCACUUCUGAAAUGAAAAAAAAAUGAAUUCCUUUUUUGUGAGUGGACAUUUAACGUAACGUAACGUAACAUAACGUCAGUGAGAUGUCUAAGACGUCACGUAGUUUCGAGCAGGUGUCCCAGCAUUUCAAGUGCCCCAUCCACCUGGGGAAGCUGAGGGAUCCCCGCCGACUGCCGUGUGAACACACGCUCUGUAAGGACUGUCUCAAGGGCCUGAUAAGGUCCGCCUUAAAGCGAGAGGACCUAAGCGGGGUGUUCGAAUGUCCUGAGUGCCGCCAACGUCAUGCCAUCCCGACGACGGAAACGGAAGACUGGGCAGACUGGUUCCCGGUAGACGCAUUCUGUGUCAUUCAGCUGCAGACGCUCGCCAGGUUCCAGGACUCGCAAGUUUGUGAGAUCCACGAAGACAAGUUCAAAGAGUACUACUGUUUUCACCACCGUGACCUCUUCUGCCCCGACUGUAUUAUCUCGAAGCACACGAACACCCCCUGCUACGCGCGCAACUGCCAGGAUGCCGUCAGUGACGUCAAAAAACACGUGGCGGACCUGCUCGGGCAGCUCAGACUUCAAGAGGAGCACGCGGUACGGAUCGGGAGUUCAAAGGUGGCGGCGGCGCACUCGGACGACCUCCUCCAGAAAGUGUGGGAGGUGGAGCAUCUCAUCGACCGCUUCCACAAACAAAUGAAGAAGAAGUUGAACGAGAGUCGUCAACAGAUAGAGGCCGCCACUCGCAUCUCACAGGCGGAUAAAGACCACCUUAAGACGACCCAGCAGCUGAUCAGUCAGACGAAAAAAUUGGUGGAGGACAAGGUGAAGUCGACCAACACCAAGUCACAGGAGGGACAGAUGGAGAUGCUCAGACUCUGGAAGCCACUCCAGGAUCAAGUCGACCAUUUCCAGACGGUGCUGACGGCCGUCGAGAAGAGGCCGUUCUGUGUGAACGUGCAGGCGGACGAACAGUUCUUGGAGCUGAUAUCCCUCAACCAGGAGCCGGUUGUCGUGCAGAACCAGAGCGCCACCUGGACUCCCCUCAACCCAACGACAGCAAAUCGUGUACCAAGCGUCGACUCCUUUAAGAGCCGGCCGUCACAGAGAGACCGGAAGUCGGUCCCGCAUUUCAAGAAAAGCCUGGGCCAGUUAUCGCCGCGAACAAACGACAAUGAUACAAGUUUACCGCGAACGAGGUCCAGUUAUAGGACGGUUCCUGUUCCCUCAAAGCCACUUCCGUCGGAGUCCAGCAGUCCCCGACAUCAGCAGCAACAUCCGCCCUCCCGCCAGCAGAGAAUCCAGGAGAAGAAUCCAACCAUACUGCCUCGACUCACAGCCGGCGGACUGACUUCCGGUGAGACGUCAAAAGUUUUCAAUAUCCGUUCUCUAAAACUAAAGGGUAUCAGCCAACAGUCGAUUUUCGAAUUGCCGUGUGAAGAUAUCAUUGUCAUGGACAGCAAUAUCAUAACAUUAACGGAGCGAGCAGUUCAGAAAUUCUCACUGCGGUACCAGUUCCUGCAAAGCAUGGAGCUCCGCGCACCCCUCCGUCUAUGCUACACCAGGGACGAUACGGGCUACGUCCUGGUGUUGGACAACAGCAACGGCAUCUCUCUCGUCUCCACCCACCCCCGCCUCCAGCUGCUGUACAGAAUAGAAACGGAUCGAGUAUACACCGGCGUGUGCCACAUGCGGACCACUAUGACGGAGGAUGCCUACGGGCGCUGCAUGUACCACGUGCAUCUUGCGUUGACGCACGUAUGGAACAGGGAAGACUGCGUUGACGUCAUGGUCGUGACGUAUGAGAAACGUGCCGUCACACUUGGCCUCAUUGAAGAGAUCACGCUCAAGCCUGCCAAGGUUAAAACAAUAUGUGGCAGCAAUGACGAUGCGUGUUUAAAGAACAUGAACGCCAUCUGUACCGCACCUGAGAACCGCAAAAUCCUAAUUGGCGCGCAGUCCGGUGUCGUCUGCUUGAGCCGAGACGGUGACAUCAUCUGGUCGUACCAAACGUCACACUCCGUGUGCAGCGUUGACUCGCGACGCGGCCUGAUCUACGCCGUUGUUGAGAAGGAAAAACGCGUGUUUAUUCUCGACCAGCACGGGAACAGCAUGGUAGAUACAAUAUUUCCAACCGGCUGCACCGUCACGCGCCCCAGUCGUGUAUCCGUGGGGAAGACCUCCCUCAUUGUCCGGGAGUUUGUUGACAAUGACCAACACGGCCUGAAAAGCAUGGUUCAUGUGUUUAACUUAUCGUUUUAAAUGCAAUGGAAAACAAAUAUUAUAUGACCUAUCUUAUAAACAGUCAUUUACAUGAAGACUUCACAUUCUAAUUGAAUAAAACUCACUCUCAAGUAUUAAAUUAUUAAAGACAGAGGUAUGCGCGUUGCUGUACAUAUACGUUUUGUCCUUGGAAACAGGCGUUCCAAGUUUCAUUUCAAUAUCUUGAACUGUUUUUGAUUUAUGGCAAAGGUUAUAGUGUUUUUCAUAACGCCGCCGACGACGCCACCGCUGCCAUCGACGACACAAAGAGUAUUACAUUAACCCGCCUUCAUUUCAUCGAAAAACAGACGAGCCAAUGUGUUCGUAAAACAAUAAAACAAUAGUCAUGAAUUGAAUUGAAUUUAGUUGAACAUUAGUUGUAAAAAACAGGUAUCCAAGCGCUUUAUUUCUUAUUACAAUUAAGCACCUUUACAUAAGAUAACACGAUACAAUUUUGUUGUCAUCGGAAAAGUACAUAAUAUACACAGCAUUUGUUACAUUUUAUCACACUAUAUAUGUUUUUAUCAUUAUUGAAUUAAAAUGAUAUUUUUUCGGUCGUUAAAUUCCUUUGUCUUAUUGAUUGUAUAUUGCUUAAGUUUCAAUGUUUGUACAAUUUUACACUCCUGUUUUUUUUUUAAUUAUCUUUAAUAUGUUUGAUGGCAUUGGUAAAGCAAAUAUUUAUUGUUAUGUUUUAAUGUAGCUGUUUUAAUAUCCUAACACGUUCCUUA